GGAUCAUGUGUUUCGUACUUUGACAUCUAUACGUCUUACGACGAGGCAUCGAUUCCCUCGUCUCGGUCUCGAGUCGCGGUCGAGAGCGACGGCGGCCGAGCGGGUAACCAUAAAUUAUUGAGUCCGCGACGUGUCGAUAUCGACACGCCGCGCCUCCAUCGAGCGUGCCGCCGGCGCAGCUGAAGAUAGUGAAGAAUCUCCUGAAUUUCGCGCGCGGCUCGACAAUCUCUGUGCUCGACAAUCUCGCCGUCGCGCGUCCGCCCUACCGUCUUCUACCUUUCCGCGGACAACGCGUUCCCACUGCCGGCCGGACGCGAGAUCGAGAUCCCGUCCGUCGCGCGCGAGCGAUCCAAUCGCGCUCGCGUUCGUGCACGUCCGCUCGCAUCCUCGUAAUAAAAAGUACCGUUGCGCGCGUACGGGAAUUAGUGUACAUACGCGCGCGCGUUCCGCGUGUGUAUAUGUGCGACGACGAUCGUGCGCUGUGCGCCUCGCGACGGCAGCUCGAUCCGCUCGGUCGUCGUGUCAUCGUCGCGCCGCGAAUGCGAUCGCCGACGCUGCGGGAGCAGCCCUAGCUAGCGCGAGAGAACCCGCACCACCGUGUCCGCGCGUUUGCCCCCUGUGUGCACGGCCCCUGUGUUUCUCCUCCGCGCGCGGAAAUAUGCGAGACCCCGGGCGAACGUGAGACACGAUUCUCCUUCCCGAGGAAGGGCAACGGCAGGCAGGCAGGCAGGCAGGGAGAGAGACGAGCGCCCGCUCCGCGAACAGGCCGCGGUUAUGUUUCUCUCGAUGGAGAGCGCUUUGACGACAAUGGCAGCAACGUCCCCGUCGAAGAGGAGACUGCAGAAGGAGUUGAUGUCUUUAAUACGCGAGCCUCCACCGGGUGUGCACGUAGAUGCAGAAUUGGCUGGGCAAAAUUUGACACAAUGGAUCGUCCAUAUGGAAGGUGCUAAGGGCACACUGUACGAGGGGGAACAAUUUCAGCUUCAAUUUAAGUUCAGCUCCAAAUAUCCGUUCGACUCGCCGGAAGUGACUUUUAUCGGUGGAAAUAUCCCUAUACAUCCACACGUCUACAGCAACGGUCAUAUUUGUUUAUCCAUAUUAACAGAGGAUUGGUCUCCCGCUCUCAGUGUACAGAGCAUUUGCCUGAGUAUCAUUUCCAUGCUAAGCAGCUGUAAAGAGAAGAAGAGACCGCCUGACAAUACAUUUUAUGUGAAAACCUGCAACAAGAAUCCAAAAAAGACAAAGUGGUGGUAUCAUGAUGACAGUGUCUAAUAUUGAAGAUCAUGUAAAGAUCUUGUCGACUUGUCAACAUUGUAUUGUUGGACCAAGUGGGAUAACAUCCAAAUGGAACCUGAUGCAUUAAAUCAAUAGAAUUUUGCAUACAAUAUAUAGUAAAGUCAAUAUAACAAGAAAUUAGAUGUACUUUUAAGAAAAGACAAGGCUACAACUUACUUAUUAUAAUUAUAGAAUUAAAUGCAAAUUGCGUGAAUUGUUUAAUCAUAAAUUAUUGUAAUGUUGCUGAUAGCGAAGCUGAUAGUGAAGAUUUUAGUUAUAUACUAGAAUUACUAUCAGAUCAGUAAAUUAAUCCUAAAAAGAAAGGUAGAUAAGAAGGUAUUAUUUAUUAUUAUAUAAGAUAUUAAUAUAUGAAGUUUUCUCUCUUGUUACUCCGAAUUUAAGGAGAUUCCUGAUGUACGUUAAUAAAAUCAUUUAAUAAAUUUAGAAGUAACAAAUAUGAUAAAUAUAUACAUAUUAUUACAAUAGUUAUAUAUUCUAGAGAUUUAUUGUUUUUAACAAAACUCAGUAUUGAAUUAAUUCAUCGAUUAUAUAUUGUGAAAACAUAUUUGGUCUAAAAUUCAGUGGCAAAUACUCUGUUAUGCAUUAAUUUCCUUUUACAAUAACAAAUUGUGAUUAAGCGCAAUAUAUACUUUUGCUUUUUUAAA